AUGCGUCAGUAUGGAGGCCCACAGAAACUUAUCCGGAUGGUCAAAACCCUUUCUGAGGACUGCCAGUGCUCUGUCAUUGAUGAAACUGAAACAACAGACUGGUUCCCAGUAAUGGCCGGAGUGAAGCAGGGCUGCUGCAUUUCAGGAUUCCUAUUCCUGCUAGUGAUUGACUGGGUCAUGCGUAAAAACCGUAGAGGGCGAGAGAACCGGGAUCUGAUGGAACUUUACGACCGUGUUGCAGGACCUGGACUUCGCGGAGGACCUCGCCCUCCUAUCCUCAGGAAUAAACCACCUUCAGAGCAAACAACAAAACUUGAAGACAAUGCAGCCAAAGUUGGACUGAAGCCGAACGCCAAGAACUGUAAAGCCAUGAAAGCCAACAACAAGAAUGAUGAUAAGCUGAAGGUUAGAGGAAGUGAAGUAGAGGAGGUGGAGACCCUCACAUAUCUGGGUGCAAAUAGGACAAAGGACGGUGGAGGCACAGCUGAUGUCAAGAAGAGAGUAGCCUUGGCCAGCUCACAGAUGAAGCGGCUAUCAAACAUCUGGUAA